UGUUAAAAAAUAACGUAUUUUGAAAGUGUUCUUGUUAAAUAAAAAAUAUAUUUUAGAGUUUAAAAGUGCAUAACGUAAUAUAGUUAAAAUGUGUGUAAUGAGCGGUUUUUAAUUAUGAUAAACAGUGCGGUUGCAGCCACGGGGCGACACGACCACGGGAUGGUGGGUGGCGUGUACCGCUAUGAUGGUUAUUACCGUCGCCACGGUGCUCGGGAACACCGCGGUCAUGUUGGCUUUAUGGAGAGCGAGAAGAGCGCCAUCGCAUUACCCCUUAACGAGCUUGGUGUUAGCCGACUUGCUGGUUGGCAUAAUGGUCCAGCCAUUAGCAGCAGCGAGAGAGUUAUUUGUAUUUAAUUUAAAUUGGGCAAUUUGCUCAUGCUGGAGUACAAUGGAUGUCUUAUGUUGCACUGCUUCUAUCCUCUCUCUCUGUGCUCUGGGCUGGGAGCGUUGGUCUGGCAUCACGGCACCACUAGCAAGAGCUCGCAGGGGAGAAAGAGCCAGGAUUCUGGCGGCUCUUGUGUGGCCGGUCGCUGCAUUAGUCGCUCUUCCUAACGCCUUCAUACCCUCACCGAGACAUUUCCACCCCGGGGAAUUAGAGAAGGCAUGCACAGUUAAUACUAAUAUUGGAUAUGUCUUCUUUAGCAUAACCUUCUCGUUCUACUUGCCCGCUGGUGUGCUGGUGACGCUGUAUGGUUUCAUUCUGCGGGCAUUAUCCGCGCCGCCGCCGAUACGUGCUCAUCGCGGCCGGACUACUUGCCGCGGACCACCAAAGCUUCAGCCAAGCACCGUUACAGGCAAAUAUUCGCUGCAAAAAACCGAAAUAAAGACUGACAACAAUCAAAACAUCGAUGUUGACGUGUCACCGAAGGGCUUAUUGAAUUUACCUAAUGCAACAAACAACGGCUGUUCUGCGCAAUCAACUGGAAAGUGUAGUACACAUGCAAAUUUUAUAUUUCGUCAACGGCGCGCCACACGUACCAUAGUGAUGCUGAUGGCGCUGUUUCUCAUCUGUUGGACGCCAUACUUCGUCAUGUUGCCUCUAGAUUCCCUCUGCGAUUGCGUGUGGGAGACAACGUGGCAGUGGUGCACUUGGCUGGGGUAUAUAAACUCCGCGCUGAACCCACUCGUGUACGCCGCCGCAUCGCCCAGUGUGAGACGAGCCUUACAUACAUCCCUCACGAGCUCAAGUUCUAGAAACGUCGAUAUGCCAUUGACGCCACGAGUGAGGAGAGGUUGAGUUUCCGCCAUCUUUUUCGAGACUAUCGGUUUAGAAAUUGAAAAACAUCAUGUACAAUUUCAUUGUUACAAUUCUGAAGUUUAUAUAGAAGUUACCAGAAAUUGUCAAAAUAAACAAGAUGGCGAGAA